CUCCACCCAGCUGUGUGAUAGUGCUCUGCACCACAGACUGGCUCUCAUUCUCCUCUCAGACGGUGGAACGGACGCACGGAGCACACUGUGGGAUCAGCAGCCAAGCUGAGCCGGAGUGGGGAACCCUGAUCUGCGAAGCCUAAGGACCCAAACGGAGAGUCCCUUGCCGGGGUGGAACCCAGGAAGCUAGGGAGAUGCUGGCCACAGAGUGAGUCACCACAGAGCAGCAUUGUCCUGCGGCUCAGCAGGCCAGAAUCACCAGGAUGGACCUGUGCUGUUGAGGAAGGGGGCUGUUUGCUCUCUGUUACUGACUGUCUGUGCAGUGAGAGCUCCAGACAGAGGAUUACAGCCAUGAGCCAGAAGAAACGAAGAUCCAGCACGUCCUUUAGGUGGCACAGAUCCCUGGCUGUCCUCGUGCCCUGGAAGAAAGGGAAGGGGGAUGUGGUGCUGGAAAGUGAGGUGGUCCUCACCAAGAUUAAGAUCUUUAACAAUUUCCAUGAGAGACUAUCUGGUGCCGAAGACUCUUUCUCAACUAUAUCCAUAUCAGCCUCGGAGCAGGACAUGUCGGAGCCCAGCAGAAUCUUGGAUGAGAGUACAGUUCCUGGUUCCUCUGAGAACAAACCACCAGCGCCUAAGUCUGAGUACCUGUCACUAUUCCCCGAUUCCCAGAUAACAAGGUUGUUUGAGUAUGAGGACUCUGGGGUCGAAAUGCCCAGCGGAGCAGACUCUCCAUCCACUCCCACCAGCUCAGAGCAGAGUUUUGUGGUCCACAGCAGGGAAUCCUCCCACAGUUUGGAGGACAUCAGUACUCUGGUCCCAGCUCCAGAUCCUCGUCUUCUGCUGGAAAGGUGCCCUGUGGCUGAGGAAACGGAGGACUCCCUCCAUCUAGCAUCAGAAGUCAAAGACCAUGACCUGACUACACUGGAAGCCAGGGUGAGCUUGGAGAUGACACCGGUGCAGGCUACCCCAAUGAUGGAAGCUGCAAAAAUGCAACAAUCUGAGACUGAAGCCUUGAGGGACACCUCUAAGGAACUUGAGGAUGCUGUCAUGACAGAGGCAGCCACAGAAAGCCCCCUAGAAGAGGGCAGGAUAGUAAGGAGCUGUAACUCCACUGAGGCCCUUAGUACCCUGCCAGAUGUAGACCUCCAAGAGGAACCUCUGAAGAAGAGCUUAAGCAUGGAUAGCCUUGAUGCAUACAUGGAUGAAUGCUGCAGGCUCAGUGAGAUCCAGCGGGCAAAGGCCACUGCAACGGGGUCAGGGCCGAGCUCUGGCCUACGCUACCUGGAGCAUAUCUGCCAGCUCAUUGAGAAGAUUGGCCAGCUGCAGGAGCACAACCUGAGGCUCCAGAAACAGCUCAGCAGCCUACAGAAGGAGAGCAGGAGUCAGAGAAACAAAGAGGACCAUGUCCUCCAGCAAUGCUGCUGUGGUGCUGUCAGCCUGGGCUUCCAGGAGAACAAGAGGUAUUCAAGCAGCCUCACAGUUUCCAGUGGCGCACUGUCUGACCUGUCCACCAUUCCGGAGGUCUCACGCCAUAGCCACAGAGAGGGUGAGGGUGGAUGCCACCCUGUGGUGUCCUUGAGGAGUAAUGGCUUCAACAGGAGGAGCUGUACAGAAGGGGAGACCAGAUACUUCUGUGACAGCAAUGAGGGGAUCUCUGUCCCUCACAGGCGGGCAAGCGAGAACCAACACAUGUGGGGCAGGAUGAAGGAGAUUGUGAAGAAGACCAAGCUGAGAAAUCACAGCCGGCUGAGCUUGUCCUCCAGCUCCCUGAAGAGUUCAUGCCCCCAGCUGUACCGCCCUGACCUGGGACCAGUGGAGUUACCCCGAAGGAACAGGAAUUCAAUGAUUGUUUUGGGGAAUCAAAGCAAACUGGACUUCCUCUGGCCCCACUAAUGUCAGCCAGGAGCCAAAGAGAUGUUCCUCAAACUGGAAGCUACUAAAGGAAGAGAUUAAGUCAAGGUGUACAGGAAGUGGACAAAAAUAUUGAAGGAAGAGGAAUGAAAGAAAAAAAGCGAGAAAAUAAUCAUGUGACAGAGGCUGACGUACCAAAAUGGUGAAGCCAAAGCAUGCAGGAGGAGAAAGGGUGCGUUCAUGGAGGGAUGCCUGUUUUUAGCGGAAGUGUGCAAUCACCUCUUCCGAAUGUCCAGAUUUAUAAAUACAUUUAUUCUAUUUUAUUCUAAAAUGAAUUUAUAUUUCUUUGUAAUACAGACUUCUGUGAAUAAUUAUAAAUCAUUCCAGAAUUUUCUCAGCUGCACACUCAGCAUAUUGGUGUUAUUUUAUCUUUGUCAAAUCUAACUGUUGUUAAACCAGCGAAGAAGCCAAACAGAGCUGCAGCUUCUCUUCUCCUGAGCCAUUACCUCUUAGCACAAUUAUGUUAGAACGUCCGUCACUUGCUGAGCCAUAAAAUGUAGCCGUCUGUGAGUUCCUUUAGCGGAGGGCUCUUCUCUCAACUCGUUUUGUUUGUACUCGUUGCUUAGCGUAACUCAACCCAAUCAAUGAGAUCUCCGCUAUUUACGGUUGUUUGUGUGUUUCACGCCUAGUCCUGACUGUCAGUAUCACAGUAUCACAAUCUGAUGUCACAUUUCUGAAACCUCAUAUCUCUCACACACAAUCCAGUCAGGUUCCAGUUUUUUUUUUAUGACACUUUACUGCUCCAAAUGGUACUGCAGAUGCACACCAGGCAUUGCCAUGACCCUCGUUAUGACACACAAAACAGGGCCUGCCGCUGCCACAGAUGUUCCAAAUGGAACAUCACCAAUCCGUUCAACCCUUUAACAUUCCAGCAGCAGUUCAGUAUUUUUAUCAGUUUUUUAUAUCCUGGCCAAUCAUCCUGGGGGAGCUCUAAUCACUCAGCAAAGACCUUGUGCCCGUACCCCUAAUGUUACUCCUGUUAUAUACCAUAUAAAUAACAUGUGUCUAGUACCGCACAUCCACAUACUAAUAUUUUGUGAUUGUUUCAUGAAAUAUAUACAUUCACGUUGUUUGUUUUGAAUAUGCCAUCUGUCUGUAGUAUGUGGAGGAGGCAGAUGGAACCACAGAAGCAGAUGGAAUCACACGUUUCAUUAGUGUGGUGCACAGUAGCAGAGGUGAAUAGUUGAGGUCCAAAAAGUACUAAAUUAAGACCAAGGUUUUGUCUUUAUUAAUAUUAAAGGUACUUCAACGAUCCAGUUUUAAUGAUUUGAACGUACACAUAGUCUGUUCUUGCAAAGGAAACAGGUUUUGCUUUCAGAGCCAAUUCCCUGGCACCCCUUAAUUUAUUUUUAUCUGGUACAACCAAUAUGAACUUCAGGACUCUGUGUGUUAGCAGCAUUCCAGUCACACAUGCUCUGUAGGGUCCACAGUUAUGCAAAUUCACCUUCUUUAAAACUGGAAAUCAGGGUGGUGAAAAAUUUGUGUUUUAAGUCCAUGCUGGGUAUUAGUAGCAACUGAAGAGAUGGUACUGAUGUGACUGAUGAGUUCAGCCCCCAGGCAGCUCUGUGACAGUAUGAGACGGUAUGACGGUAUGCGACGCAAGUCCAACUGAAGCCAGUUUAAUUACACUUAAUUGGUUGCUGGAAACUGUCUACUGCUUAACAUGUCAGUCGCUAAUAUAGCAAGGGGGUGGCCAUGCCCACGCAGACCACAGCCAUGUGGCAGUCAGCCUCGUUGGGCCUGGCUCUUAGCUUCAGACAUCUUUCCGUCGUAUUUACAUUUUAUUAGCAGCAUUUUAUUGUCUGCUGCAGUAACACGAAAUGUAUUCACGGCAAAAGUAACAGUGCCUGACUCAGUACGUCUGAUAUACUUUCAAACUAUCCCAUAUGUGAACAUUCAGUCCGGUGUCUCUAUGGAUCAUACCAAAGCAGCAAGAGCAUAUUCUACACUGAAUAGCUAUUUUAAUAUACUAUGUAUUUAUCUAAGUAAUUUAACCACUGUGGUCUUCUGUGUAAAAUUGUGUUUGAUUGUCUGUGGUGUCUACACUGUUUGACUGUAGAAGACUGCAUUAUACUGAUAUUGAGGGAAAAGACUCUCAUCUUUUUUAAUGUAUAAUAAAUGUAACGGAUAAAAUGUUCCACUGUUCAUAUUACAUUUUUAUGGUAUUAUUUUUCAAAUAAAGCUGAGAUAUUUCUAAAGUGU